AUGGCCAAGAAAAUUCUUGUAGGAUAUGGCAUCGAUGUCGAUGCUGUUAGUGGUUGGAUCAAUACGCAGUCCGGACAGGCCGCAGACUUGACAAAUAUAUCACGAGGAGUCUUCGGAGCAACAGUCGGGACUGACAGAUUACUAAAGAUGUUUGAAAAGUACAACAUCAAAGCGACAUGGUUCAUACCAGGUCACUCCAUUGAGUCAUUCCCAGAUCAAAUGGCCAAAGUCAGGGAUGCUGGACAUGAAAUUGGGCUUCACGGCUAUACACACGAAUUUGUCUCGCAGCUUUCGCCUCAGCAGGAGCGAGAUGUCUUACAGAGAUCAAUAGAGGUGGUGAGCUCUCUCGCCGGCAAGAGGCCGAAAGGUUGGACAGCCCCUGCCUGGACACCAUCUCCUGACACAGUCAAACUUCUGGAGGAGUAUGGGCUCGAGUAUGAUCAUUCCUUUAUGCAUCACGACUCGCAACUGUACUAUCUGCCAUACCCACCUGCAAAAUGGAAGGAGACAGACUACAAGAAUGCCUCGGCCAGUGAUUGGAUGACACCAAUGUCGGCGUUGCGGGCAUCUUCCAUCGUGGAGAUCCCAGCCAACUGGCACCUCGACGACUGGCCAGCUUUUCAGACCGUGCGUGGGCCAGGAUCUUCAGGUUUCGUUGACCCCCACCAAAUUGAGAGAUUCUGGAAAGAACAAUUCGAAUUCUGUCACCGCGAGUACGACCAUUUCGUGUUUCCAAUCAGUAUUCAUCCACAGGUUAGUGGCAAGCCCCAGAUAUUGAUGAUGCACGAGCGUCUCAUUGAGUGGAUUAAUCAACACGAGGGUGUGGAAUGGUGUACCUUUGAAGAGAUGGCUAACAAAUUCCGAAAUGGAGAUAUCGAUGGUGUCCAAGUUGAAGGAGGCGUUGACGUGUAG